AUGUCUGCCGAAAACGUCGAGAAGCCGGUCGAGGAGGUCAAGCCCGAGGCCCCCAAGGAGUCAAACCCUCCGGUCACCAGCUCGUCCGUCUUCUCCAUGUUCGGUGGCGGCGCCAAGAAGGACAAGAAGGAGACUGAGGAGGACCGUGGCGAUAACUCGGGCAGCGCAAAGGCUCAGCGCGAGGCCGCCGCUGCCGCCGCCGCCUCCAAGGGAGGUGACGAUGACGACCAAGCCCCCGAGUCCGAGGAUAUCCACUUCGAACCCGUUAUCCAUCUGACCGAGAAGGUGGAGGUCAAGACCAACGAGGAGUUGGAGGAACAACUCUUCAAGAUGCGUGCCAAGCUCUUCAAAUUUGUCUCGGAGACUAAGGAAUGGAAAGAGCGCGGCACUGGCGAUAUUCGCCUCCUUAAGCAUCGCGAGAACGGCAAGACCAGAUUGGUUAUGCGUCGGGAUAAGACUCUCAAGGUCUGUGCCAACCAUUAUAUCGUACCCGAGAUGAAGCUCUCUCCCAACGUUGGUUCGGACCGUAGCUGGGUUUGGAAUGCCGCUGCCGAUGUCAGCGAAGGAGAGCCCGAGGCUGUCACGCUUGCCAUCCGAUUUGCCAACUCGGAGAACGCCAACUUGUUCAAAGAUGCUUUCCUCAAGGCUCAGAAGGACAAUACCGCUCUCUUUGGGGCGGCGGAAUCUACGGAGAAGAAGGAGGAGCGCAAGAUCAAGGUUGUUACGGAGCAGCACAAUAUUGACAAGCCUGCUAUCAAUGAGGGCUUUCCCAUGAAAGAGUGGACUGUCGAGAUCUACAUCCUCGAUCAAGAUGAAAAAGAGAAGCCAGCCAAGUGCUUCACUAAGGUGGUUUACCACCUCCACCCGUCAUUCGAGAACCCGGUUCAGACCUUCCUGGAUCCCCCGUUCCGUUGCCGAAAUGAGGGCUGGGGAGAGUUCGAGAUGACCAUUGACAUGUUCACCACCGAGAAGGGCGGAAAAACUUCGAUCCAGCAUGAUCUGAACUUUACGGCCUCGACUUAUAACAACAUCCACAACGUGUCGUUCAAGAACCCGUCGCAGGCGUUGCAGCAAAUUCUCCGCGAGACCGGCCCGCUGCCCUCAGACGAGGAGCGUAAGCUCAAAAAGGCUGACGGCGGUAAAAAGAAGAAGACAUUUGACGUGGAGAAGAUGGCCGAUGGCUUGGUCAAGCUCUCUGAGGAAGACCUCUUGCAGGUCAUCCAGAUGAUUCAUGACAACAAGGACGAUGCCACGUAUAUCCAAAACAAUAUUGAUGCUGGCGAGUUCUCGGUCGAUCUAUAUACGCUUCCAGACAGUUUGAUGAAGAUGCUGUGGGACUUUUUGGUCAAGGCAUCGGUCAUCUCCUAA